AUGGUGACUUCAGUGUUGCCAUACACUGCAGAGACAGCGGGGAACAGGCAGCAAGUUAUUGUCGACCAGGUUCCAGCCCCAGCUCUGGUCAUCGCUGCCCAGCAGGGCCACAUAGCCCUGGCACUGCAUUGCUGCCCGCUUUGUGGCGAUCCCUAUCACCGCCACCGUGCCGAGGGGGCCUUCCCACCAGAUCUCCCAGGCGUUGCACAGGAUGUCAGACCGCAGUGCCUCGUCGCUCAGAGUCCGGCUAGCCAGGCUGCGCCACACCUCGCUGUUCUCGUCCGCCAGGAUGUUAUUCCAGUGCCAGCAGACCAGCGAACACUGGAUCAGGUCGGACAGCUCGAGAUAGGAGAAGACGUGCUCCAGGACGCGGGCCGGCAGCCUCCCGGCCACCCCGGCGCCUCCCCCGGCUCCCGCGGCGUACGAAGAGCCGGCGGCGGAGCUGCAACUGGCGGCCGCUGCUGCACCUAA